CCGCAGACUGCGCACCUCAGGCCCGAGUGGCUGUGUGUGAACCCAGUCAUGUCAGGGAAUGCCACCCCCGUGACCGCCUCCAUCCCCGUGGCCGGCCAGGGCCCCUCCGCCGAGCACUGCAAUGCAUCCUUUGAGGAGAGCCGGGUGGUGCUGGUGCUGGUGUACAGUGUGGUGUGCGCGCUGGGCCUGCCCGCCAACUGCCUCACAGCAUGGCUCACGCUGCUGCAGGUGCUGCAGGGUAACGUGCUGGCCGUGUACCUGCUGUGCCUGGCGCUGUGCGAGCUGCUCUACUUGGGCACGCUGCCGCUCUGGAUCUUCUACAUCCAGAACGGGCACCGCUGGACGCUAGGCCUGCGUGCCUGCCGGGCCACAGCCUACAUUUUCUUCUGCAACAUCUACCUCAGCAUCCUCUUCCUGUGCUGCGUGUCCUGCGAGCGUUUCGUGGCCGUGGUGUACGCCCUGGAGAGCCGCGGCCGCCGCCACCAGAGGACCGCCAUGUUAGUCUCCGCCGCCAUCUUUGUCCUCGUGGGGCUGGUGCACUACCCUGUGUUCCAGAUGGAGGAGGAGGAGGCUGGUGCCUGCUUCGAGCCACUGCGCAUGAGCGCCACCAUCGCCGCCUUCCACUAUGCGCGGUUCAGCAUGGGCUUUGCCGUGCCCCUCGCCAUCAUCGCCUACACCAACCACCGCAUCCUGAGGAGCGUUGGCCGCAGCCCGGGUCUGACCGCUGCCCAGAAGGCCAAGGUGCGGCGCUCGGCUGCUGCUGUCACGCUCAUCUUCCUGUUCUGCUUUGCGCCUUACCACCUGGUGCUGCUGCUCAAAGCCGCUGCUUUCUCCUACUACCACGGGGACCGUGACGCCGUGUGCGCCUUCGAGGCCAGCUUCUACAGCAUCUCCGUGGGCUUCCUGUGCCUGGCCACGGUCAACAGCGUGGCUGACCCCAUCAUCUACGUGCUGGCCACAGAGCACUCACGCCAGGAAGUGUCCCGCAUCCACAGUGGCUGGAGGAAGUGGUCAGCCAAGGUGGAUGUUGUCAGGCUCACCAGCUCCAGGGACUCAGAGGACACACGCUUGCCUGCCACUCCUGCCAAGGACUGCCCCAGGCACCAGAGUCCCCCAGGGCCAGAGUUGGGUAUGGCGGGGGCCAGCACAUGAGCCCUGCACAGGCUGGUGGAAGGGUCUGGCUCGGCCAAGCAUACCAGGGGCAGGAGGACAGCACGGGUGUCCUUGCAGCCCAGUAACAGAUGUUCCCUGCCUUGAGCUGCUCCAUCGGGGGUCCUCCGUGUGGCAGCUGACACUGCGCCAGGGUGACAUGGAGGCCUGCAGUCUAGCCCGGUUCCCUCUUGCUGCAGCUGGGCCUGGGGAUGUAGUGGGGUCUGCAUGGACUGUGCAGGGGUCUGGCUGUGGUAUUACAUCCUAAAGCCCCACUUGGGGCCUGGCAUGGGCUCUGGGCUGAGCUGGCACACACUGCAAUGCCCACAUGCUGGCCAUGGGAACCGCAGAGGCCAGCGGUGCUGGCGGACAGCUGGGGGUGUGAGCUGAGCAGCAGAGGCCAGCACAGGCUGCCCACUCAGACAGGGAAGUGACACGGAGUGGAGAUCUCCCUCCGUCCCCAUAGCUGGCUGAUGUGGGCCACCCUAGCUCCCAGGAGCCUUGUCCAGGCCAGGGCAUGACUGCCUCAGGGUCUCCAUUUAUGAAAUGCAGCUGUUGGCCCGUACUUUCCCUCAGGGGCUAGCCUUUCCCACCUCACUCCCUCCCCCCAGGUGAGUCUCCUGGUCAGGUCAGAAA